AUGAUUUCAUUUAUCUUCUUGCUUGCUACAGUUUCACUCGCUUCGGCGGAUGUGAGUGAACUCCUCUUCAAACCACAACCUUUUGAUGCCCAGCCCCAUGAAAUCAUUGAGGACACCUCAAAUUACGAGAAUCCUUCAACUCUUGAUCAAAUCUACGAAUCGGUUCUGGUGGAACAACCUGCUGCCGUUCCUUUCGGUGCCCUCAGCGAUGGCGUAGAAAUCAUCGACGCAGUGGAAGUUCUUCCGGCCAUUGAACAUAUCCCGAACACUCGAAUCGGAAGCACCCAGCAGCAUACAGAAUACCAACUAACUGGCAGCCAUCCGGACUAUCAGGGUCCGUAUCAGUACGAGAAACCGCAAAUCCCCCUCGAGUAUGGUGCUCCGGAAGCACCAAAACUGAAGGACCAACCCAUCCAGAAUGAUUAUCUGCCACCGCUUUCCGGACCUCGGGAAACUCAAGUGAAGCGAAAUGUGCGCUAUUUCGUGCGAAGACGUGUUUGA